AUGUCUCUGGUGGAACAAACCCUUCCCGUGGGGAAGGCAGACCACACGAUCGGCAUGACAAAUAACCAGGUGUUCGACGAUAAACCCGAGUUUCCCCUCUCCAAAGCAACCACCACUUUCGACGAACCCAUCUUUGACAAGUUCGACGACAUGGACAACCAAGAUACCAUGGCGCCGAGCCCGAACCUUGCGAACGACGACGUCCCCCAGCUCCCCGCGAAGAGUGCCCUCCGAGCAUCCAGGAUGCUUGACAACUUGGGGAUCAAGGUUGGGAGCACCGUCGAGUCGACCACCCCACACGACGUCUACCUCUCGUCUGAGGAAGACGCCUCGUCAGACGCCGAUGACUUCUCCGACUACGACUAUGACUCGAGCGUGGAGGACCCGACUUCCCCAACCAGGACUAGCCAUGAGGUCACAGCAAGGGCGGUUUCGGUGGUAUUUUCUGGAAAACCAUCGAUCGUGGACCUGCCUGCGACGCGGAAACGGCCAGUGUCGAGCAGCUCUUUGGGUACGACGCGAUCGAGUGCCGAGUCGUCGGCCCCGGCCAACCCACGCAUAACCAGGUCGGCUACCACCGAGGACCGACCCAGCACACCGGCCAGCGCAACAUCGUCGCUCUCUUCCCGCCUCAGAAAGGAUCCGCCGGGCGACCGCAGGAGCAUGCUCCUAUCCGAAAUCCUGACCAAGAAGAAGCCGACAUUCCUCAGCAUCGACCCCUACGCCAACGGCAGCACCUACACGCUCGACAUCCCCAAGGCAUUGGACAGCCUCGAAGGCGAGACGCAGACGGUCAAGACACCCCGCACUCCCACGACGCUCCUCAAGGGCGUAACCCGGUCGUUCAGUCUGGCCCGCAGGCGGAGCAGGCCAAACCUGAACUCGCCGCAGACCGCCGUUCCGAAGUUGGAUACCUCGUUUGCGACGACCUCGAACAGGAACUCAGUGGUCUCGCCCGCCAUGGUGCACCGUGUCGACGAGGAACCACAACAGGAUAAGCAAGAGUACGAACAAGAACAGCAGCAGCAGCAGCAGCAGCAGCAGCAACAGCAACAGCAACAGCAACAGCAACAGCAACAAACAGAGCAACAGCAGCAACUACUCAGGCCUGACCAGCGGCCAAAGACUCCAGUGACGCCAAUUACAUACACCGACAUCCUGCGGGCGGUCAAGCGCAAUGCCACGGUAAUGGGUGCGCCAUCGCCGCCGAGUGAUAUCUUGUCGCCGACCUCACCAGGUGGGCCCAGCCCGGCGACGGCUCGGAAGGGGAUCCUGAGCGGACUGUCGGCUCGGAGGAGGAGCGUCAAACUGAUGGGGAAGUCUUGA